AUGGAUUCGUCGUCGCGGUCUCACACGGCCGGGGACCUCACGUCGCUGCCGACGAGCGUGCUGGACUACGAGCGCGAAAAUGGCCGCACAUACCAUGCGCUGAGUGCCGGGAAGUACUUCAUGCCCAGCGACAAGAGCGAGAUCGAGAGACUCGACUUGCAGCACUACCUCAUCAAGAUGACGCUGGGCGGCAAGGCCUGCCUUUGUCCAAAGAACGAGGGCGCCAAGCGGGUGCUGGAUCUCGGCGCGGGAUCCGGCAUAUGGUGCAUCGAGUACGGUGAGAUAUGCCCCGUCCGCCUUGUCAUUGGAGUCGAUCUGAGUCCCGUACAGCCCACUCUCGUACCGCCAAACUGCUCCUUUGAGAUCGACGAUCUCGAGCAGGACUGGACCUGGUCCCAGCCGUUCGACUUCAUCCUCAGUCGCAUGAUGACGGGCAGCUAUACCGACGGCGCAGCAAUCGUCAAGAAAGCAUUCGACGCGCUCGAGCCCGGCGGGUACUUCGAGGCGCAGGACCUGGCGCCGCUGGGCUGCGACGACGGCACGCUCCCUGCCGACUCGGCGCUGCAGGUGUGGAUGCGCACGGUGGCGCGGGCGAUGGAGGCGGCGGGGCGGCCGCUGACGCUCGCGCGGCGGUGGAAGGCCCUGCUGGAGGAGGCCGGCUUCGAGGACGUCGUCGAGACGGUCGACAAGUGGCCGACCAACGGCUGGGCGCGCGACCCGCGCUACAAGCUGCUCGGCCAGUGGAACCGCGCCAACAUGGACCUCGUGCUCGUGCCGGCCCUCGUGGCGCCCGCCACGCGCGCGCUCGGCUGGGCCCCCGAGGAGGCCGUGCUGCUGGCCUCGCGCGCGCGCGAGGAUCUGAAGAACCCGGCUAUCCACGCCUACUGGCCCAUCUACAUUGUCUACGGCCGGAAGCCGCUGGACGCACGGAAGUGA